AUGGCACCUUCUUCACUAGCACUCAAUUCUAACACUUGGACUACUAGUACUAAUAAUAAACCUCAAUUCCCACACUCUUUCUCCAUCUCCUCAUCAUCCUCUACAUCAUUCAAUGAUAAAUCCACCCUAAACCUGAAGAAGAAGCCCAAUAGAAAUAUAUUAUUACUUCACUGUGCUCUUCACUCUCCCUCAGUAUUGGAUUUUCCAAAACAAUCCUACAAAGAACCCUUAAUUAGCAAAGAAAAUGACACUGAAACUAGUAUAAACAAACCAAAAGAAUCCUCACAGUGGAAUCCAAUACAAAAAGCCGCAGCAAUAGCACUGAACAUGCUAGAAAGCGCGUUGCUCUCACGCGAGCUCCAAUAUCCACUUCCGAAAACUUCGGACCCGAGAAUUCAAAUAGCUGGAAACUUCGCUCCGGUGCCGGAACAACCAGUCGUUCAUUCCCUCCCCGUUACCGGGAAAAUCCCCAACUGCGUCAACGGUGUUUAUGUACGUAACGGUGCCAACCCAUUGUUUGAACCAGUUUCCGGACACCAUCUUUUCGACGGUGAUGGCAUGGUUCACGCUGUAACCAUUAAUGAUGGUGUUGCAAGCUACGCUUGCCGCUUCACUGAAACAGAGAGGCUCGUUCAGGAGCGAGAGAUAGGACGAGCGAUGUUCCCUAAGGCCAUCGGAGAACUCCACGGUCACACAGGCAUAGCAAGGCUUAUGCUGUUCUACGCUAGAAGUCUUUGCGGCAUCGUUGAUCACAGACGCGGUUCCGGCGUUGCUAACGCCGGUCUUGUAUACUUCAACGGAAAACUCCUGGCUAUGUCGGAAGACGACCUUCCCUACGAACUCCGAAUCACUUCCUCUGGUGACGUUAAAACCGUUGGUCGUUACAGUUUCUUGGACCAGCUUCAUUCCACCAUGAUCGCACACCCGAAGAUUGAUCCAGUCUCCGGCGAACUCUUUGCAUUGAGCUACGAGGUUGCUAGACCUUACUUGAAAUACUUCCGAUUCUCACCAGACGGAAAAAAGUCACCGGACGUCGAAAUUCGUCUCCAAGUUCCAACAAUGACGCACGAUUUCGCGAUCACAGAGAACUUUGUAGUAAUCCCCGAUCAUCAGGUGGUGUUCAAGUUGGAAGAAAUGAUCAAGGGUGGUUCACCGGUGAUAUUCGACGGUGCAAAGAAAUCAAGAUUCGGCGUCCUUCCAAAGUAUGCAAAAGACGCUUCAAGCAUCAUUUGGGUGGAUUCACCUGACACGUUUUGCUUCCAUCUUUGGAACGCAUGGGAAGAACCAGAAACUGAUGAAAUAGUGGUUAUUGGUUCGUGCAUGACGCCACCUGAUUCAAUCUUCAACGAGAGCGAUGAAAAUUUGAAAAGCGUUUUAUCAGAGAUAAGACUGAACUUAAAAACAGGUAAAUCCACGCGCCGGUCGAUAGUUCCACAGAUGAAUCUAGAAGCUGGGAUGGUGAACAGGAACCGGCUCGGUAGAAAAACCCAGUUCGCUUAUUUGGCAGUUGCGGAACCGUGGCCGAAAGUAUCAGGGUUCGCUAAGGUGGACCUUGUAAGUGGGGAGGUGAAGAAACAUAUCUACGGUGAUGGAAGGUUCGGUGGAGAACCGUUUUUCUUGCCAACAACAAGUUCAGGGAGCUGCGAAAAUGAAAACGAUGAAGAUGAGGGGUACAUUAUGGCUUUAGUGCAUGACGAAAGGAGAUGUAAAUCAGAGUUACAGAUAGUAAACGCCGUGAACUUGGAAGUGGAAGCGACCGUUAAGUUACCUUCUAGAGUGCCGUAUGGUUUUCAUGGUACCUUUGUGGAAGCUAAGGAUUUGACGUUACAAUGA